AUGAUAGCAUUAGAGCGAACCCCACCGAACAUUGAGCUCGUUGAUGCAUUUGCACGCCAGCUCUAUCGAAAAGCCCGGGCUGCGGGUCCGGAGCUCGACGAGUUGGCUACAGCCAUCCGCAGUUUGCACAUGGCUCUGAAGCACUUGCGUGACGAGACCCGAGAGCCUGGCUCUCCUCUGUUCCAGUGUGACAACGACCAAAACAAUGAAAAGAGCACUGUCUAUUCCAGACGACUCGUCUGUCUUGCUGAAGACAGCGACUUCGUGCUCAAGCAAGCAGACACCAUUCUCGAAAAGUAUCAAGAGAAUCUGGGACCAAGCAAGGAUAUCGUGAAUAGCGAUGCCCAGAGGGACCCGGACCCCGCUGAGAAAGUUCAGGAACUUCGGCUGGCUCGCGACAGCUUGAUGUCUCAGAAGAUGAAGGUUGACAUUUUCCUUGAGACAGUUCUGCUCCACCAUCCAGCAAAAUCACGCCGCACUGUGGAUGAAUCGGAAGACCAACAGCUGGACAUGAUCAUAGACAAAGUGAACGAGUACUUCAGCCGUUCACGGCUCAGCCCAAAUUCCGUGGCCCCCACGCAGGAGGACACCGAAGAGAUUUGGCGAAAGAUCAAGCUUGAGUUGGAGCUCAAGGGCGUUUCAGCUGACACAGUGUGCAAAAGUCAGACUCGCAGCAAGCUUGAGUCUGCCAGAGAUGAUGACGAAGGCAUUUUCGUUGUCAGUGGCAUUGAGUCGGCAGGCGAGGACUCAGAUGAGCGCCGCCGUAGGCACGAGCGACGUCGUCAUCGGCAUGGUUACCAUGACGAAGUCCACAACAUGAAGCGUGAGGACGAUGAAGACAAGAACCCUAGAGCCUGUCGUCUCUCGAUUGUGCCAUCACCGGAGAGUGUCGAUGGCGAUUCAGGCUCUCCCUCCAGCGUGACAUCUCCAAAGCCAAUUUUGAAGAACAAAAAUCCGAACCACGUGCGGUUUGAUCCGGACGGUCCAGUAGAGGUUCCCUCGACGGCACGCUCUUACGAGAGGACGCGAGAGCGAGAAGGGGAACGAUACCGUGGGGAAGAGAACAGACCUCAGAGGGAGGAAGAGAGGAGUCGUUGUGAGCGAGAUAGAGAAAAGGAAAGGGAUCGUGAACAAGAGGAAUGCUAUCGCAACCGCGAUCGUGACAGGGACAAAGAAAGGGAUCGAAAGAGGGACAGAGAGAGAGACAGAGAGAGAGACAGAGAUCGGUCCUCUUAUCAGCACUACCACCAUCAUCGUGAGAGUGACCAUGAUCGUGAUCGAGACAGGGAAAGGAAGAGACAUCGUGACCGGGAAAAAGACCGCGAGCGCACUCGUGAGCCAGAGGAACGUACUAGUAAUCGACUCAAUACCUUCAGGGAGGUGGUCGAAGCAAUUGGUGUCAGUGGGACUGUGGCGACAGCUUUGAGCAUGAUUGGAGAGGCGGCAAAGCACCUGUAA